UUGGUCAGCUCCAGAAAGACCGCAAACAGCAGCGUCAUCGUCUACGAUACGCCUCAAUAUGUCCGACCUUACAUUCUCCCCAAAAGCUAUGGCCUUCGUCAAGGAUCGGCCGUAGAAGGGAACAUCUAUGCCGUGACCGGGAAUUCCUCUGGUGCCUUCUGUCUCAUGAUAACCAACGGAGCUGGCUCGGGAGGCGCCGGCGUCUUCCCACACGUCCACAAAAGGACUCACGAGAACUUCUACUCCUCAAAAGUCCGUGUACAACUCUGGUCCCAAUCACUGAACCAAUUCCUCUCUAGUGCUAAUGGCAUGGGACAACAAUCACGAAUUCUGGAUCAAGGAGACAUCGGUUCCGUCCCUCCGAACACAAUCCACACAUUCUCACUUUUGGAUCCCGACACCACUUUGACAGGCGUUCUCGUACCCGGCGGUUUCGAAAACUUAUUCUUUGCUUUGGAUUCCAACCCUGCACUACUCGCUUCCCCUACCGGUCUUGCAUCUUUCGACGUCUAUCCGCAACCGAACUUCACUGCUCGCACCGAUCUCGUGAAUGGCAUCGGUGGGUCAGGGAAUUGGCAUAAUGGUCCAAAUACAAUACCGAAUUCGAGUAUACCGUACUUUAUCGCUAAAGAUUGGAAUGGGAAGUGGUUGAAUGACGACGCUGGGUACUGUCAACUCGUCGCUCCAUUGGUCACACCAGCAGCGUCCAAUAACUGGUUCACUCAAGGGACUGUCACGUUGUCGCCUAAGCCAGCAAACGUCACUGCUCUGGAACUCAACUUCAAAGAGCCGGUGGCGUUCCAGAUGGAAGAAGGUAUGCUUGCUGUAGAGAUGGGAGGAGAGAGACACAGGAUUAUUGAUGGAGAUGUAUUGUUCGUUCCAGGAAAUACGACGUUCAAGUAUUGGGCUGAGGCGGAGUUCACGAAGUUUAUGUAUGUUUGUAAUGGGACGGAGGGGUUGGAUCGUUUGUUGAUGGCCAAAGGGAAGGCGUGGGAAAGUGCUUUUUAUCCGAGU